GCACGAAGAGAAGAAAUGGAUUCGGAGAAGUCCAUAUUCGGCGGCGCCAUCAGGCCGACGUGGCCGUCUCUGCUCCUCCUCUUCACCAUCAUGCUCCUCCUCUCCUACCAAAUCUCCACCAUGGCUGCCCUGCCGCGCUGGGCCGGGUCGGUCUGGGGAUCCGAAACCGCUUUGACCGACCCGACGAGGAGGAGCUGCUCCGGAUUCUUCGGCGAGGACGGAAGAGCUCCGCGGAGGAGGAGGAGGAAGACGGUGAUGUCGAUAAGAGACUUCGGCGGAGUCGGCGACGGGACGACGUCGAAUACGGCGGCGUUUAGGAAGGCGAUACGGUUCAUGCAGGAGCAGCAAGGUGGGGCCCAGCUGAAUGUUCCCGAAGGGAGAUGGUUGACGGGGAGUUUUAACCUCACCAGUAACUUCACGCUUUUUCUCGAGCACGGCGCUGUAAUUCUCGGCUCCCAGGAUCCAAAGGAAUGGCCUAUAAUUGAGCCAUUGCCUUCUUAUGGAAGAGGGAGAGAGCGGUUAGGAGGAAGGCAUAUAAGCCUUAUUCAUGGGGACGGUCUCACUGAUGUUGUCAUUACAGGUCAUAAUGGAACAAUUGACGGUCAAGGAAAAAUGUGGUGGGAACUAUGGUGGAACAGAACGCUCGAGUAUACGAGAGGUCACCUUCUUGAACUAAUGAACUCUAACAACAUUCUCAUCUCUAACCUCACCUUCCUCAAUUCUCCUUUUUGGACAGUUCAUCCUGUUUACUGCAGCAAUGUUGUUAUAAAGGACAUGACAAUUUUGGCUCCCCUUAAAGCUCCUAACACUGACGGCAUUGACGCAGAUUCAUGUACAAACGUGUGCAUUGAAGAUUGUUACAUUGAGAGUGGCGACGAUCUUAUAGCCAUUAAAAGUGGUUGGGAUCACUAUGGAAUCAAGAUGGCUCGUCCAAGCUCAAACAUCAUAGUGAGGAGAGUUUCUGGCACCACUCCCACCUGUUCUGGAAUUGGAAUAGGUAGUGAGAUGUCUGGUGGGAUUUCAAAUGUUACCAUUGAGGAUUUGCAUGUUUGGAAUUCUGCAGCUGGGGUGCGUAUAAAAUCUGAUAAGGGUCGAGGGGGUUACAUAGAAAAUGUUACUAUAAGUAACAUAAAAAUGGAAAGGGUCAAGACACCCAUAAAGUUUAGUAGAGGGUCCAAUGACCACCCGGACAAAGGAUGGGAUCCCAAAGCUGUUCCCAAAGUAAAGGGAAUUUUCAUCAGCAAUGUUCUGAGCUUAAACUCAACAAAAGCCCCUGUACUGCUGGGUGUCGAGGGUGGUUCUUAUGAAGGGAUCUGUCUCAGGAAUGUAACUGUACUUGGUUUAGCAGCAUCUGCAGCGUGGCAAUGUGAAUUUGUUUCCGGUUUUGCUAAUGACGUAUUUCCAACGCCAUGUCCUCAGAUGCAGGAUAUUGGCUCUUUUGACUGGUGUCAGCAACGUUGAGGUUAUGCGGGAUGCUUUUGAAAGUGUCUUUGGAAGUGUGAGCUUUGAUAAGUUUGGAGGACACGGUGGAAUUACUGCAGCAGUCGGGUUUGCUUUCAGAAUUUAAAUCUAACCACACUAUGGAAAUGUAUGUCAUCAGAUCGAGCUUGUGCAACUAAGUCAUCAGUUGGUGUUCAAGGAGCUCUUGAAGCGUGCAUAUUUCUUGUACACUACUCUGAUUGAGCACGGGACUGUGGUGUUCAUGACAAGAUACUGGAUAUUUGGGACAUAUUUUCCUCGAGAUUUGUUUAUUUGACAGAGAUGAUUACAUGGUGCUAUACAUACACAUACACACUCUGGGAAGGUACAUGGUAGUGAGCCUCAAACACUAAUCUUGUAUAGAAAUCAUACAAGGGAAAUGUAACAGUUUUGAAAUGCAACAGUUUUUUCAUUGAUGUAUGAUCACUCCUUUGUGAUCUUAUAAUGCAUUAUAAAGGUCAUGUUCUAUUCCAUUCUUUGGGCAACAGAAAGAAGAAAGGGAAUACAGAGAACAUCGUAAGGAAGAUCAAAGGUUUGAAGCUUGUUUACUUAA